AUGUCGCUCUUCCCCUCCUCCUUUGAGAGCUCUUCUGCUGGACCAUCCAACUCUACACUCUCCUCCAAACAUUCCAAAAACACCAAACGAAAGCGACCUUCUACUGGUGCACAUCACGAUGAACAGCUUCUAAAAUCGACUCAAGCCAACCUCGAGAAGUUGAUGAGCAGACUCGAUAAGGGAGACCUGAAGGAGAAGGCGGGUACGGAGAAUAUGGGAGUAUCGGGGAAGAAGAGGAAGGCAAACAACGAAAGAAAUCAAGAGAGAUUUGACACACCAAAAGGCGAAAAAAAGAAUAGAGCCGGAUCUGCUCAUAACUCGGCAAAGAAGGAUAUGCCCACACCCAGGAUGGACAAGCAAUCUCCAAAGAAAUCGAAAAAGAACAACGAUAAUCAACAUCCCAAAUCCAACAAAAAGGCCCCAGUCGAACUUCCUCUACCAACAUUGGCAAAAUCAGAAGGAAAGAUUAACGUUGGUGGAGAAGGGAAUUUGACGGAUUUGCAAAAGAACAUGCAGUCCAAGCUCGAGGGCGCAAGAUUCCGGUGGAUCAAUGAGCAGUUGUACUCUACUCCAUCUACUGAAGCUGUGGAGAUGAUGAAGAAGGACCCCAAGAUCUUUGCCGAUUAUCACAUGACUCAUCGAAUACUCACAGCUGGUUGGCCUUCACCUCCACUCGAUCACAUCAUCAAAGCUCUAUCUCCCUCGCCUCAGGGAACUGUGAUCGCCGACUUGGGUUGCGGGGAUGCUGGUCUUGCCCGCGCAUUGGUACCACAGGGCAAGGUCGUUCUUUCUUACGAUUUAGUGGGAGAUUCUGGUGUACCAGGGAGUGACGAAAAGCUCACCCAGCAAUCAUCUGAGGGAUGGGUCAUACAAGCCGAUUUCCUUGAGCAAAUACCUCUACCAGGUAGACCAGGCGGAUCAGAACACUCGUCUCCGUCUGCUUCACAGGGCAAGAAGGAUAGGAAGGGCAAGAGGAAUGGGAAAUCUUCUGAGAUAGUGGACGUCGCAGUGUGUUGUCUGAGCUUAAUGGGAAAGAACUGGGUAGGCGGAAUAGCAGAAGUAUGCCGUGUACUCAAGCAAGGAGGAACGUUCCACGUUGCAGAAGUCACUUCGCGAUUCACUUCUACCGAAGCAUUCGUGGAGAAAGUGGAAUCCUUCGGUUUCAAGCUACAAGAGGAAGAUUCCCCUUCGACGCAUUUCACACUAUUCAGGUUUACGAAAGAAUCGGAGGUACCGCUCGGACCGGCUAGAGGACAACAGGGCUGGGAAGAACGGGUUGCAGAAGGGGAAGACAUCCUUCAAGCUUGUGUCUAUAAGAAGCGAUAG